AUGGCUCGCUUCAUCUGGGCUCUCGCUUCGUUUUCACUGUUCCUGACCCUUGCGUCUGCAGGGUCCUUUUGCAAGCCAAUACCGGGAGAUAAGGACUGGCCAUCUGCGGCAAAAUGGAGCCAGCUGAACAAUACCGUCAACGGGCACCUUAUUGCUACCGCUCCACUGCCAAGUGUUUGCCACAAUGGGCCGAUUGGUACCUAUGAUGCCGAUGCCUGCACAGCGAUCCAAGACGAGUGGACUCUCAGUACUACUUUCAUAUAUGCCCCGGCCGAGGCUAUGGGUCCCUACUUCCAGAACCAGAGCUGUGAUCCCUUCAGUGCACAGAAUCAGCCCUGUCUUCUGGACAACUACGCCAGCUACUCACUCAAUGUUACUGGGGUCAGUGAUGUUGUUGCGGGAAUCAAAUUUACCCAGGACAACAAUGUCCGGCUGGUUAUCAAGAACACCGGACAUGACUUCAUGGGCAAGUCCACCGGUAAGGGAUCGCUCUCCCUCUGGAUGCACAAUCUCAACACAACCACCGUAAUUCCAGAAUAUAAGAGCGCAAACUACACUGGCCCGGCCGCAAAGCUUGGCGCAGGCGUAGUAGCCGCCAACGUAUACACCACUGUCUCCGAGGCAGGCUACCGCAUCCUCGGCGGCACCUGUCCCUCUGUUGGACUGGCUGGAGGGUACACCUCCGGUGGCGGCCACAGUCUUCUCAACGGGUUAUACGGGAUGGCUGCAGAUGCCGUUCUAGAAUGGGAAGUAAUUACGGCAUCCGGCAAGCACCUCAUCGCCACCCCAACCAGCAAUGAAGACCUUUACUGGGCCCUAUCCGGCGGCGGGGCCGGAAACCUCGGCGUUGUGCUCAGCAUGACAACUAAGAUCUUCCCCGAGGGCAUCAUCGGCAGCGCCUCCCUGGCCUUCAACAGCACAGACCCCAACUACUGGACUGCAAUGGAGGAUCUAUUUAUGUUCCUCCCCGAGUAUGUCGACGCGGGCCCUAACACCUGGGACUUCGUGAUUACCCAGGCAGGAUUCGCCUCACUAGCUCUGACCGCACCUAACCUGAAGCCUGAAGGGGUGCAGAACCUCCUCCAGCCCCUCCUAGACACCCUAGACGACCACAACAUCUCCUACAGCUUUACCCCGGAAUCCUUCCCGACCUACCAUGAGUACUUCAGCAAAAAGAUCGGAACUGGGAUCAACAUCGAGCCGGCGAAUAUUAACCUUGCCUCACGCCUGAUACCGCGUUCAGCUGUGCAGAACGUCACACAAACCGCCAAUAUCCUAACAGCAAUGAAGGCCUUCAUUGACGCCGAGUAUUGGGAAAUCGGCUGCCACGCCUUUAACGUCGCAGACAUCGAGCACCCCGAGAACGCAGUAUUCUCCAAGUGGCGCGAGGCAGUGGCUAACUGCAACAUCGUCGACUACUGGGAAUGGGAUGUGUCGUGGGACGAGAUGAUGUCACGCAAGUCGCUGCUGGUGAACACACUAAUUCCAGGGCUGGAGGCGGCAACGCCGGGCUCAGGAACUUACCUGAAUGAGAUUGAUGCGCAGUAUAAGGGAGAUUGGAAGACGCAGUUGUAUGCGGAGAAUUAUGAUCCGUUGUUGCGCCUCAAGGAGAAGUAUGACCCGCGCCAUCUGUUUUAUGCUCGGACUGCUCCUGGAAGUGACUACUAUACUACCGAUGGGGCGGGGCGGCUUUGUAAGGCUUGA